AUGGAAGCAGCAACCACCAGCGCCUCAGCUCUACGAGCACAAAUAGUAGCUACAGAGCAAGAACUCAGCAAGCUAAAAGAGCAACUGGCAAAGAUUGAAGAAAAAGAGACGUCCGUAAAUGAGAUACCGGUAGAGCCCGUGACGUCGAAAUGGCCGUUAUCACAAGAAGAAUAUACACGCUAUGGCCGGCAGAUGAUUGUUCCUAGUAUUGGAAUUCAAGGACAACUGCGACUCAAAAAUGCAAAAGUCCUCAUCAUCGGCGCAGGUGGACUCGGCUGCCCCGCCGCUGCAUACCUAGCAGGUGCUGGAGUAGGCACGCUAGGAAUCGUAGAUGGCGAUACAGUCGAGCUAUCGAAUCUACACCGACAAAUCCUGCAUACGACUGCGCGGGUCGGGAUGAAGAAAGUCGAUUCUGCAAUCUCAUACCUAUCCUCCUUAAACCCCAACCCAACAUACACCCCCCACCCUACGCACCUGACCCCCUCAAACGCCCCUUCAAUCCUAGCACCCUACGACGUAGUCCUAGACUGCACCGACAACCCCGCCUCCCGCUACCUCAUCAGCGACACCUGCGUGCUCCUGCGCAAACCCCUCGUUUCCGCCUCAGCGCUACGCACAGAGGGCCAGCUCAUCGUGCUGAACCACCCGGCGUUGCCCGCUGGCAACGAGCUAGGCGGGCCGUGCUACAGGUGCGUGUUCCCGAAGCCGCCGCCGGUGGAAAGCGUGGUGAGUUGUGGGGAUGGGGGCGUGUUGGGGCCGGUGGUGGGCGUUAUGGGGGUUUUGCAGGCGGCGGAGGCGGUGCGGUUGAUUUGUGGUGGGGGGUUGGGGGGUAGUGGGGUGGAGGGUAGGAAAGAGGGGAAUAGGCUGUUGAUUUUCGGGCAAAAUGGUGAGCCUCAGUUUCGCAGUCUUAAGAUGAGGGGGAGGCGGAAGGGGUGUUUUGCGUGUUCGGGGGAAGGGGGAUUAGGGUUGGAAAGUCUUAGUUCUGGAUCACUGGAUUAUGUUUUAUUUUGUGGUCUUAGUGCGCCUGUUAACAUCCUGCAUGAUGACGAGAGAAUAUUGCCACGGGAUUAUGAUGAGGUUAAGAAGAAGGGGGGAGAGCAUUUGCUGGUCGAUGUUAGGGAGAAGGUUCAGUUUGAUAUCUGUAGUAUUGAGGGCUCGAUAAAUGUUCCGUUUUCGAGGAUUCAGAGGGGAGAGGGGCUGGGAGAUGGUCUUGGCGAGGAUGAGAGGCCGGUAUAUGUUGUGUGUAGGCUGGGGAAUGAUAGUCAGGUUGUGGUGAGGAAGUUGAAGGAUGCCGGGUUGGAGAGGGUGGUGGGGGAUAUUAGGGGUGGGUUGAGGGCUUGGAGGAAGGAGGUUGAUGCGAGUUGGCCUGAGUACUAG